GUUUGGGGCAUUGCACCAGCAAUCUGCCACAGAAGAAGUCAUUCAGCUUCUCUAGGAACUAUGGCGGCCGCCUUGAGAGGAACGGUAGUAGCAUUGGCCAAGGGCCUGGGAGGCGCCCGCUUACAUCAGCUGGUCUCUAGACCUCUAAGUGUUUCUGCAAAUCUUUGUGGACCCGAAACCUCACCAGCCCGUGCUGAUAGUACCUUCAAAGUCACUAUGAUUCCAGGUGACGGAGUGGGACCUGAGCUGAUGACUGCAGUCAAGGACGUCUUUAAGGCAGGUGACAUCCCUAUUGAAUUCGAUGAGUUCUUUGUGAGUGAAGUGCAGAACAGGGCAUCUGACGAAAAAUUGGAGAAAUUAUUGGACUCGAUGAAAAGCAACAAAGUGGCUAUUAAAGGAAAGAUUCACUCCCCAAUGGAGAACAAAGGGGAGUUGGCGUCUUUUGAAAUGAAACUAAGGCGCACACUGGACCUGUUUGCUAACGUGGUCCAUGUGAACAGCCUGCCCGGCUACAGCACUCGCCAUAACAACCUGGACCUCGUCAUCAUUCGUGAGCAGACCGAGGGGGAGUACAGCUCCCUGGAGCACGAGAGUGUGCCCGGCGUGAUCGAAUGUUUGAAGAUUAUCACUAGAGAGAAGUCACGACGCAUCGCCAAGUUUGCCUUUGACUACGCCACUAAGACGGGUCGAAGCAAGGUCACAGCAGUUCACAAAGCAAACAUCAUGAAACUAGGCGAUGGGCUGUUUCUGCAGAGUUGUGCAGAGGUGGCGGAACUGUACCCCAAAAUCAAAUAUGAGAACAUAAUCAUUGAUAACUGUUGCAUGCAGCUGGUUCAAAACCCCUACCAGUUUGACGUACUGGUCAUGCCUAACCUUUACGGAAAUAUCAUUGAUAACCUGGCAGCAGGACUGGUUGGGGGAGCCGGAGUCGUUCCAGGGGAAAGUUACAGUGCAGAAUAUGCUGUUUUUGAAACUGGAGCUCGCCACCCCUUUGCGCAAGCAGUGGGCAGGAACAUCGCCAACCCUACAGCAAUGCUCCUCAGUGCUGCUAACAUGCUGAAGCACCUCAAUCUGGAGUACCACUCCCAAAUGGUGUCAGAAGCUGUCAAGAAAGUCAUCAAACAGGGAAAGGUGCGCACCGAAGACCUGGGGGGCUACGCGACAUGCGAUGAAUUCACCCGGGCUGUCAUUGCUAACCUGCCAGUCUCAGCUUUGUAAAUGCAAAUCUGUCCGCUGCUGAGACACACACACACACACACACACACACACACACACACUUCCCUUUUUCUUUGCCUUUCUGUCACGGACUGCGCACUGUCUCGGCAGUGCAAAACACAGAAAAUUUUUACCAAUAUGUUCACAAAAUGUUGUUAUAUUUUGAAGAAAAACAACAGCUGCAAACAUGGAUCAUCUUCGCCAACCUUUUGCUUUCUUGACACUGUAAAAUUCUGCCUAUGAUGGCUUUAUUUCAGGUCACUAGGCAGCAGUCAAAACGUGGUGGAUUUAUACUUCUGAUUAUUUAUUAACGUCGGGUUUUAGCAUAUCGCUUCAUUUAUGGCGAGAUGUGAAUAAAAAAUGAGACGUAACAGCAAGAGUGUGAAGCAGUCUCAUGACUCUUAAUGGAAACCCGAUGCAGUAUUUAGUGGUAUUGAAGGUUCAUCACAGCUGUGGGUGGUUUUGGUCAGCAUGUGUUUCCUCAGAGAACUUAAGUUAUUCCUCGUUUCCAGACACAUGCCGAUCAGGUGCGAGCUGGAAAAUCUGCCGCGUAGGAGUCAUAUGAGAAUCUUUGUGUUAGUCACAUGUGAAUUAUGGCUGAUGUUGCUGUCGCCCGGCAGGAUUGCAGAAGUACGUUAUCAGACAACAAGAGCUGGAGAGAUUCACACGGAUUAUGCUGUACUGAACAUGUUGAUCGCCGGUUUUCUGAAUGUCUUCAAUAGUUCAUUGAGCUUUUUUUUUUUUUUACCUAUACUGAAAUAAUAAGACUAACUCAAACUCAACUUAGAUAAUCAGCUUUGAAUGACUUCUUCCUUAAAUAUAUCUUUUUUAUUUUAUUUAUUAAUUUUUGUGUAUGUUUUAUCAACCGGAAAUUGCACAUACUGCAUAAGUUUGAAUCCAGAAAGCUUUUAAUAGGAGAUGCGUAAAAAAUAGAUUCAUAAAAAUUGUAUUUAUUUUUUUUUACUAUGGUUUUAUUCAGUAAAACACAUAGAAUAUUAGACAAUUAGACAUUUUACUCACUCUUUAGUAUUCAUUCAACUAAAGCAUUAAAGCAGAACAGCACAAGUGAAAGUUUGGCUCUCAAACACUUUGUACUCAAAAGCCUGUAAUAUGAAUAUUUAACUACAUUUAUGUAUACUUUUUAUGUUACUAAAGGUAAAAGUUUGAGGGGGAAAAAAAAAGAACAUUCCAGAGCAAAAGUUAUCAACAAUAAUCUGAUACAAAAUAGUGAUAUAUAUCUCAAAAGUGUAUUAUCCCUCAUACAAUUAUAGGCUUUUGUGAGAAAGACAUUUUUGAUCAUAAUAAAUAAAUUGCUUUUAUUGUAUCAUAUGUUGGAAAAUUUAACUGACAAAGAGGAAAAUGUUAAAAAAAAACAUCUGGCUUCCUGGUUGCAAAGGUGUGCAUGCCCUUUUAAUUAAAAUAAAGCACCUGUGAUUCAAUUUUGGUCUCAUUUGGUUGAGUAAAUCAGAAGGCUGUGUCUAUCAAAUUGUUGCUCUUACUUUCCCAAUAUGGUCGAUUUGUUGCUCAGAUUUUCUGUCAGAUUUAGUUUUUGGACCUCUGUAGUUUCUUGGGCUAUGAUUUGUUGAUGUGAAUGUAUGCUUGCACUUAAAUAAACUGCAUAUCUUUACUUUA